AUGCAAGAGCAUUUGCUGAACGCACACCUCGCGUACGAGUCCGGACGCUCGCUUGUCUUCAACAACUAUACGUGGAACAAGGACGGGUCAGACUAUUCCGACUUUAACGGACACCUCAUUCCCUCUCGUGUGCCGCUUGCCGCCCUCAUACGAGGGCCUGCAGCCGGAGGAGCGUUUGCCCCUGGAGACCCCGCACCACGAGCGGUUACCAAGGAGUACUUCGAUGAAGUGUGCCCUCCCAGCGAGCGGCAUGUAAUCAUGAGCGAGGAGGUCACGAACGCAUACGAGUCCGAACAGCAUGCUGGAAAGGUAUUGGACGCCUGGGUCGACAAGCUUAAGACCCUGCCACGCUGCGUAGAAAUCAACGAGCUCUCUGCCCAAAUAUUCAGCAUCUGGAUAUUCGGAAGCCAGCGCGUGCUUGGUAUCUGGCCCUCUCUGAAAACAUCGCCCAUCCUGACCGAGUUCAGGUGGUCACAACUCAUCGAAGACGCAUACACGCUGAACCGCCGCCUCUUCACCCAUGUCUCCUGGCUCUCCAAUCUGUUCUCUACAGACGCAUACCCCUACGAUGUGAUACCCGGCCUGCUCGCGCUCCACAUCCGGCGCGGCGACUUCGAGGGCCACUGUCUGCACUUCGCGAAGUGGUCGUCCCAGUACAACGGCUUCAACCAGUUUCCCGAGCUCCCCGACCACUUUGCGCAGCCCGAGCAGGCAGGCUGGGGCGAGCCCACCGAAGAGGGCAAACAGAUCUACCUGCGCCACUGCUUCCCGGUCAUCCAGCAGAUCGUCCAGCGCGUGUCGGAGGUGCGCGCGACGCCCGCGGGUCAAGGUCUCAAGGAUAUUUACAUCAUGACGAACGGGAAGAAGCCAUGGGUUGCGGACCUCAAGGCUGCGCUGAAGGCAACGGGCGGAUGGGACCACAUCGCGAGCAGCCGCGAGCUCGUGCUCAACAAGGAGCAGCAGUAUAUCGCACAGUCCGUCGACAUGCUGAUUGGGCAGCGCGCGCAAGUGCUCAUUGGCAAUGGGUUCUCAAGUCUCACCUCAAACAUCGUCAUGAUGCGAAUGGCGAAGGAUCUACGUCCUGACUCAAAUCGCUUCUGGUAG